UGCGGGCUCCUCAGGGCUCUCAGCUGGAGCAGCGAUGGACCUUGCGCGGGGCCCCGUGACCUUCGAGAACGUGGCCGUGUUCUUCUCCCUGGAGGAGUGGGGGCUCCUGGACGAGGCUCAGCGGGUGCUGUACUGCGACGUGAUGCUGGAGGUCUGCACGCUGGUUGCCUCGCUAGGUUGGCACAGGGCAGAGGAUGAAGACGCAGCCUCUGAGCAGAAUGUCGCUGAAACGUCACAGAGAAACACUCCAAAGGCAGGUCUGUCCACGCAGGAGGCCGACCCCUGGGAGAUGUGUGGCCCGGCCUCAGAAGGCGGUUCACCCCUGACUGACAGCCUCGGGGAAACUGAGCAGGAACUGCCUGGGGCACCUGGGAAAGGUCGCCAGCUCCAGCACAGUGGAGAGGAACUCUCCAGAAGGAACACAGACCGGGCCUCCUGCGGGAAGAGCUGCACAGCCCGUGCCUCAGAGGAGCCGUUCACGUGCUGGGAGGCUGGGAGGGCCUCCCCCACCAACUCCCGCUUCUACCCGCUACCACACAGUAAGCGUGCGGAGGCCUUUCACCCGGGACAAAAGCACUACGUGUUCAGUGACUGUGGGAAAGGCUUCUGCAAAAAGUACGGACUUGCUCAGCACCAGAGAAUUCACAGUGGAGAGAGGCCUCACCGAUGCAGUGAAUGUGGGAAAAGCUUCAGCUACAAACACACACUUGUUCGGCAUCAGCGGACUCACACUGGAGAGAGGCCGUACAAGUGCAGCGAGUGCGGGAAAACCUUUAGCUACAAACACACGCUUGUUGGGCACCAGCGAGUUCACACGGGAGAGAGGCCGUAUCAGUGCAGCGAGUGUGGGAAAUUUUUCAGCCAUAGCUGCAGCCUUAGCGAGCAUCAGAGAAUCCACACUGGGUCACGGCCUUAUAAAUGCUGUGACUGUGGAAAAUUCUUUACCUCCAACUCCAACCUCCUAAAACACCAGAGAGUUCACACAGGAAGGAGGCCUUACGAGUGCGGCAAGUGUGGGAAAUGUUUUACCCAGAGUCCCAGCCUUAUUAUACAUCAGAGGAUCCACACUGGUGAGAGGCCCUAUGAGUGCACUGAGUGUGGCAAGGUGUUUAGCCAAAGUUCCACCCUCAGCAAGCACCAGAGAGUUCACACAGGAGCCAGGUCUUACAGGUGCAGUGAGUGUGGAGAGUUCUUCAGCCAAAGCACCCAACUGGCCCGGCAUCGGAAAGGUCACGUCAGAGACAGGCCUCAGGGGUGCAGCAGGUGUGGGUAGGUCUUCCUGCAGGAUCCACUCUUACCCAGCACCAGGAACUUCAUGUCCCAGGCAGACUGUGGCUGCCGCUAAUGUGGGAAAGUCUUCAGGGGGAAGUCUACCUCGCUCAGCAUCAGAAAUGUCACAGUGGAGAAGGGCCUGGGCAUGAGAUGGGAUAGCAGGGAGUGAGCUCUCUGUCACACAACAUGAAAAAAUGAAAAAACCCUGUAGCUACAACCUCGCUUCUGACCCCUGAGCCACAGCUGACAACACAGUUCUUCGGGCUGGCAUUGGGCACCUUCGGAGAGGCCCCCGGCGGGGCUCGGGCCGGACAGACGGGUACCACGGGGGAGCGAGGCAGCAGCUGACAUGUUUUCUUUCUUUUUUAAAAAAUAUAU